AUGACAAGCUCUCCUCCAUUUCCUUCGAGACGCGAGAAAGGCCCUCUUAUGAAAUGGGUCUCUUCUGUCGCGUCUGCGGUCUUCAGAAAGAAGAUUUGGAGAGAGAAGGUCGCGUCUACUGCAGCUGCAGUUGGGGCUGAUCUCGCUGACCAGUCGUCCCCAUCCCCGUCGCCUGCCCAUCCCCUUUUCUCUUCCGCUUCCGCUUCCGCUUCCGCUUCCCAUCUCCCUUCCUUCUCUCCUUCGGCUGACUUCCGUCACCAACCAAAAAUCUCUCCUUCUCCUUCCUUCACCGGGCUUAAAACUGAGGCUUGUACCAAGGAUCUCUCUCGAGCAUCUUCCACUGAAGAUUUAGAGGACUCGAAGUCGUCAGGGCUGGUGGCGGAGUCUUCCCCAUCGUUCGCGGUAAUAGACGCCGACGAGAGAAAGCAAGUCCUUAACACUUUGGAGACAGAGGCCGUCGGUGUUGAAAGCUUCAGCAAUGAAGCACGUGCGAGAAAAGAACCUCCGCCAGAAAGCUCCAGCACGUGGGCAAAUAUGGCAGCUUUCCGGGGUUCAGCAGUUGUAGCAGCUCGGCCAAACAUGACCAGUACUUCCUCGAAAAUUCCAGCUGCGAACAGGAAUGACUUUCCGAUUGUCGAUUACAGCGGACGCCCUACAGCACAUUCUCCAUCAACGCCACAAGGAGCGAGGCAAGCCUCGCCGCGGAGUCUGCCUCAAUUUUCGCAACCAGAAGAAGGGAUAUAUCGAGACACGUCUAUUCCGUACCAGGUUCACCGCAAAGGACCUGUUUCGAAGAUAUCUAGGUGGUAG